AUGUCUGGCUUAAAGAAACACAAAAUAGUUUUUCUUGGUGACUCUUCUGUUGGUAAGACUUGUAUUAUUGGGCGGUUCAUGACGAGUUCUUUUUGUACAAACUAUGAGGCAACAAUUGGGACAGAUUUCAGUUCCAAGACCUUAACGGAUGAAGCAACUCAACAAACGGUCCAACUUCAAAUUUGGGAUACAGCGGGACAAGAACGAUAUCAUAGUUUAAUCCCAUCAUACAUUCGUGACAGUUCCGUAGCUGUUAUUGUAUACGAUAUAAACGAUAGACAAACGUUUGAUAACAUUGACAAUUGGGUUGAGGAUGUCCAUUCAAAAGAGAAAGGAGACGUCAUCUUAUUUAUAGUUGGUAACAAACUGGAUUUAGGCAAACGCGAAGUGACACAAAAGGAAGCGAUAGCAAAAGCAGAUUACCACCAUUGUCAGUGCUUUGAAACGUCUGCCAAAGAGAAUUGUAAUGUUACUGAACUUUUCAAAGCAAUCACAGAGAGGCUCUGUGCUUUACAACCAACCAAAGAUGAAACCGUCGAGACAGUGAACUUAAAAACACAACCCACAGAGAAGACAAAUGGAGGGUGUUGUUAA